AUGGCCUCCGACCUUGACAAGCAGAUUGAGCAGCUCCGGCGCUGCGAGAUCAUUCCCGAGGCGGCGGUCAAGGACCUGUGCAUCAAGGCCAAGGAGAUUCUCAUGGACGAGGGAAACAUCCAAUAUGUCGACUCUCCUGUGACGAUCUGUGGCGACAUCCACGGGCAGUUCUUCGAUCUCAUGGAGCUGUUCAAGAUAGGCGGACAGUGCCCCGAAACAAACUACAUUUUCAUGGGCGACUUUGUCGACCGAGGGUUCUACUCUGUCGAGACGUUCCUCCUUCUGCUAAUAUUGAAAGUCCGGUACCCGGACCGCAUCACUCUCAUCCGCGGUAACCACGAGUCGAGGCAGAUCACACAAGUGUACGGCUUCUAUGACGAGUGCCAGAGAAAAUACGGGAGCAGUAACGUGUGGCGCUACUGUACGGAUGUGUUUGACUUCCUCUCGCUGGCAGCGGUCGUGGACGGGAGGAUAUUAUGCGUCCACGGCGGUCUCAGCCCCCAGUUGUUGCGGUUGGAUCAAAUCCGCGGCAUCGACAGGAAACAGGAGGUGCCGCACGAGGGCGUCUUCUGCGACUUACUGUGGUCUGAUCCCGAUGAGAUCCAGGGGUGGGGCAUGUCGCCACGAGGCGCAGGAUUCCUGUUUGGCGGUGACGUCGUAGACACGUUCUGCCACACCAACGACAUUGAGCUCAUCGCGCGCGCCCACCAAUUGGUCAUGGAGGGCUACAAGCUCAUGUUCAACCAGAAGAUCGUGACGGUGUGGAGUGCACCAAACUACUGUUACCGCUGCGGAAACGUCGCGUCCAUUCUCGAAUUGAACGAGGACUUGAGACAGGAGUACAAGGUGUUUGAAGCGGCGCAGCCAGACGUCAAGUCUGUGCCGCAGAAGCGACCAGCGAUGCUUGAGUACUUCCUCUAG